CAUCUCCAUGUGCACUCUCAUCUCUUGUAGUCAGCAGCAGGUGGUCCCAAGGAGGGCCCUGCACCAUGUGCCACCAUGAAAGAUCCAGAGCCCUCAUGCCGCUGUGAAGCAGUCCUUGAGCAGCAGUUACAGCAGUUUGUACAGGAGCGGGAACUGCUAAAAGCACAGGUGGCAGAGGUGACGGGGUGUCUUAAGAAAGCUCAGCUAGAAAGAGACGCAUACGCUCAACAACUCAAAACAGAGAGGGCGCGGUGGCAGCAACAAUUGCUGAAAAUGGCAGGAGAAGUGAGAGCUGACCCUUCAGCCCCCACCUUAGAUGGUUCACUGGAUCUUCCUGGGCAUCUGUAA